AAAAAUCUAAAUUUAUUUACACCGGUCGGCCCUGGAAGAAGAAAAGAGGAGGAAGUAGAAGGUAGGGCGAGAAGCAAAAUCUGAGUAUGGAAGAAUUUGAGAAGAAGGUCUCACUAAGAGACCCAAUGGAAGAAGACGAAGAAGAAAGGGAGAAGGCAGGAAAGUGCUCGUCCAAAACCGUCGAUUUACUGCGCGAGUUCCUCGGAAUUCAGCAGCGGAGGGCGGAAGCAUACGCGAAGUUGAAAAGAGGGUUUGGGGAGUAUAUGGUGUGUUCAGGGGCACAUGGGGAGUUGGCCUACCAACAAGUUUGCAGUGAGGUGACGCUGGAAUUCAACGAGUGCUCAAAGCAUGUGCUUCGUAUUGAAUCGCUCUUUCUCAACGAUCCCGAUUAUGGCCGGGUUGAUUUGGCCCAUCUCCUCAGAGCUGUCCAAACCCAGGAGAAGCAGAAAUUGAAUUUGACAGCUACAAUUCAGGUGCUGAAGAAGGCUGGUAGACCCUCGGAGCGUCUGGUGAGUCAUGAAAACUGCAGAUUUAAGAAACCAAUGGAGCAUGAGUGUGUGCAUCUCCAUGAGAUAACAGAAGCUGCUGGAACUGAAGAGGCAGAAGCAGAUGCCCAGUAUGAUAAUGAUCUCAAGGAAGCCAUUAGAGGGGUGCAGGAUGCUGUGACCGCUAUAAAUGAGCAUUUGGAAGAAGUCAGAUAUGAAAUUGCUGCCCUUGAAGCUGAGUAAACUCACAUGUUUCAUUAGGGAUAUCUUAUGGGAAAAACCUUAGUGGUUCCUUGUGUUGUAGGAAUAGAGCUAUCUUAGCACAAAACACCAAUGAACUUUGCAGUUGCAUGUUCGCCGAAUCCACUUUUCUCUCAGCUCGUAGGUAGAUUUCUCAUCCGAAAGUUCACAGGAAACAGUUCCAUGGAAUGGAAUUGAAAGAGGGUGACAUACGACGUGCCGUUGUUGGUCAUGCUAUUAGUAUUUGUUGUUCAGUGUAGAAACAAUCUAAUUUCUUAACUUCCUUUCACAAGGAUUGAAUGUUUUCUUGGUUCACUGCUUAGCUAAUUCAUGCGUUCAGAUGUGUU